GCCCUUUAAAGAAGCAGAGUAAUUUCCCAAGGGGACGCGGUCGUCUUCUUUCCUAGGAAAAUACACAAGAAAAUCCCUUUUCUUUACAACUUGAGCAUGGAAACGCAAUGAAACUUUGAUGGAGGACAAAAGGGCAAACAUAGUUGCUGGUUCGUCGAUCAUCGCCCUUAUCAUUGUCAUCAUCGUUGCUCGUGUCUCCCUCGGAUUGUCCAAGACUUUCUAUCUCAUUGCCGGAGCAGAUGCAGCAGCGAUCCUUGCAGUCAUAGCGAUUGUUCUAGUCAGACGCCGAUUCAACUCCCGAAGGAGAUUGUUCGAGACUCAGGUGGUUUCAGAAGGCCGAGAGCUUAGAAUCGAGUACAGUUUUCUCCGGAAAGUAGCCGGAGUUCCGACUAAAUUCAGGCACCGGGAACUUGAAAUAGCAACAGACGGUUUCCGGUCGCUGAUAGGGAAAGGAUCGUCGGCUUCGGUUUUCAAAGGAAUACUGAGCGACGGCACCGCCGUGGCCGUGAAACGGAUCGAGUCAAAUCAGCGCGGCGAGAAGGAAUUCAGAUCGGAAGUUGCCGCCAUUGCCAGUGUUCAACACGUGAAUCUCGUUCGCCUCAUUGGAUACUGCUGCGUCCCAACCGGUCCCCAAUUUCUCGUUUACGAGUUCAUCUCGAAUGGAUCGCUGAAUAGAUGGAUUUUUCCUCAAAGAGGAAACCAAAACUCAAAUGCUGAAUGCUUGCCGUGGGAGUUGAGGCGUAGAAUCGCCGUCGAUGUAGCUAAGGGGCUUUCUUACCUGCACCACGAUUGCCGGUCGAGGAUCCUGCACCUGGACGUCAAGCCGGAAAACAUCCUUCUCGAUGAGAAUUACCGAGCCUUAAUUUCGGAUUUCGGCCUCUCAAAGCUCAUGGGGAAAGAUGAGAGCAGAGUUGUGACCACGAUUCGAGGGACUCGAGGCUACUUGGCGCCAGAGUGGAUUCUGGAACACGGCAUCUCUGAGAAAUCCGACAUUUACAGUUUCGGAAUGGUCCUUCUGGAGAUCAUCGGUGGCCGGAGGAACAUUUGCGUGACCGACAAUCACAUGGACAAGUCAAGGAGGAGAUUUGAUUUCUUCCCCAAGAUUGUGAGCGAGAAACUGCGAGAAGGCAGCGUUAUGGAAGUGGUGGACGCGAGGCUAUUAGAACAGGGAAACAUUGAUGAGAGAGAGGUCAAGAGAUUGGUUUGUGUAGCUUUGUGGUGCAUUCAGGAGAAGGCUAGGCUGAGGCCAGCCAUGGCUGAAGUGUUGGAAAUGCUUGAAGGCCGUGUGCCAGUGGAAGAGCCUCCUCAGACACAAAUGAUCGUCGUUGAUCUUUUGGCGAUUGAUGAAGAAGACCCAAUCCCUGGCCAUGAUAGAAGAAGAGUUGCUGCAGUUGCAAGACGUCAGGUAGAUGGUGAUAUUCCUUCCCCAUUAUCAGGCUCACUUGCAAUGUCAGUGUUAUCAGGCAGAUAGCAUUUGGUACUUCGUUACCAGGUUUGCUCAUCCCCUUGAAUUGCCGUUCGGAUUACAUGUUCCAUGUCGUAGUUUUUCGUGAUCUAGAUUCUCAAGAAUGCGAACCCUAAGUCAGUCAUGUACAAUUUUAUUAAAAUGACUCUCUGAAUAAUUUUUUAAAAGAAUUACAGAAAAGAGAAUGCCUAAUUCACUUUUUCUA